AUGGAUCCAAUCAUCGACUUCUUGGAAAACGGCAAGCUCCCUGAUGACGACAAGAUGGCAAAGGCAUUGAGGAGAGAAGCAGCCAAGUAUACAAUGAUACAAGGCCAGCUAUUCAAGAAAGGGCUGACCCAACCUCUACUGAAGUGCCUGCGCCCGGACCAGACGGACUACGUGUUAAGCGAGGUCUACGAGGGGUGCUGCGGCCAUCACAUCGGGGGAAAGGCCUUAGCUCGAAAGCUCGUCAGGGCCGGCUACUAUUGGCCCUUAAUGAUGUCGGACUCCCAAGAGUUCAUGAACAAAUGCAGGAGAUGCCAGAAAAACGCCAACUUUCACAAAGCUCCAGCAGCUGAACUAAGCCUACUGAUGGCCUCCCAACCAUUCUCUCAAUGGGGGCAUUGA